UUAUAAAGACUUUGUGUCAAUGGAUGCUCUCAUUGAUAAACAACGAGACGACAGAAUUGAUAAAAUUCCUUAUUUUAAUAUCAAUCCAAAAAAGGAUAUAUUUAUAAUCGGUUACACCUCUGGAACCACUGGCGUACCGAAGGGUGCAAUGGUUUCUCACUAUAGCUUUGUCGCCGUUUUAGAGGACGUAAACUGUCAGAAACCGAAUCCAAUGACUUCAGCCAAUAUAUACCCUUUCGGGCAUAUGAGCGGUUCGGCUACACUUGCCGUUAGUCUGAUUUGUGGCAACGCUAUGGUCUUAUACGAAGACAUUACUGCCAUUGAUAUCUUGAAGUCAAUUGAAAAAUAUCGUAUCAAUUCUGUGCCAAUGUUUCCCUAUUUCGCUAAAUUAUUACUCGACGACAAUCUCACCAAAGGGUAUGAUUUAUCGAGCGUUAUGUUUAUGAAUGGCAUCUACGGAUUGAGUGAAUAUAUGACACCAGUUUCUGGCGGAACCAAUGGGUCCGUGGGAUCGGUUCACAACAACACUGAAUUAAAGAUUAUUGAUUUAAUUAGUGGUCAAAGUCUCGGUCCAAAUAUCACGGGUGAGAUAUGCCUUCGAGGUAUUAAAAUGUUUUCCGGGUAUCUGAACAAUGAGGUACAGACCAAAGCAGUGAUCGAUAGGAAGGGUUGGUUACAUACGGGAGAUAUAGGAUACUAUGACGACAACGAGAAGAUGUAUAUAACCGAUCGGAUCAAAGAGUUGAUUAAAUACAAGCACUGGUCGGUAGCGCCGGCGGAAGUGGAGGCUCUGCUAAUGACACACGAGUCGGUCGCUGAGACUGUUGUGGUCGGAGUGAGACAUGAAACGGAUGGACAGCACCCGAGGGCUUAUGUCAAAGCAAAGACUGACAGACAUAUCUCUGGCCAGGAAUUGAUUGAUUUUGUUGAAGGGAAGAGUGCUCUUCAAAACCGACUUCGAGCCGGAGUUGUAUUUGUCGAUGAAAUACCCAGGACAGUUCUUGGAAAAGUGGACAGGAAACAGCCUCUGAAUAUAAUCAUUAGA